UCAGUUGCAGGGAUAAAAGAGGAGGGGAACAACUGAAAUCUUCGUCCAGCGGCUGAUUGACGAGUAACCAGCGAAGAGGGACACAGGACAGUUCGUGUGUUGUCUCUGAUUGGCCAGCAAGAGAAUGCUUCCUGUGUGGCUAUUGGUGGCUGUGGCGGUGGUGGGCGUGGCCAGAGGAGCCGCCAGCCAGUGCUGGGAGCAUCCGAGCUGUCAGGAAGUCAACGACGAGAGCAGCAUGAUGCAGCCUCGGGGCCGAAGCAUCCACAUGAAUCUUCUCUGUCUUCUGCUGCAGGAGUGUAUCCAGCUCUGUCGGUCGGACCUCACUGCCGAGACGCCGGUCAUCCCGGGCGAUGGUCACCUCCAACCUCCUCCUCCUCCGUCUUCCCUCUCUCUUCUACCCUCCUCCUCUUCCUCCUCCCCUCAGGCCAAGCGCUCCUACUCCAUGGAGCAUUUCCGCUGGGGGAAGCCCGUCGGACGAAAGCGUCGCCCCAUCAAGGUCUACACCUCCAAUGGCGUGGAGGAGGAGUCGGCGGAGGUUUUCCCCGCAGAGAUGCGGCGGCGGCAACUCGCCAGCGAGGCGGCGGCGGCGGAAGCGCAGCGGGAGAACGAUGUCCACGAGAAAAAAGACAGCACGUACAAGAUGAAGCACUUCCGCUGGAGUGGCCCGCCGGCCAGCAAACGCUACGGCGGCUUCAUGAAGAGCUGGGACGAGCGCAGCCAGAGGCCGCUGCUCACGCUCUUCAGAAACGUCAUCAAAGACGACGGACAGGAGAUGAUGGGGGAUCAGGGCGGAGAGGAAGGAGGGAAGAGAUAGAUGGAAGACGAGCCGAGAGAGAGAGAGAGUUUCUCCACAGCAACACCUUCAUCUCAUCGACCAACAAAUCAAACUAAAAUACAGUUUGAUACAAACAGAAAACCCUGUCUCCUGAAUAUGUUCAUAUCCUCCUGAUUAGUUUUAACAUUCUGAUGAGAAAAUGCAUCGAUUAUGUACACGGCUGCAACAGUAGAUUAUUUUCAUUAGUGACGAUUUGUCUUGUUUUGUCCCAAAAAGAUUUUCCAGUUUGUCAUCUCAUUCACAGGCGAUGAAGGCACUUGUGCUUGAAAAGUGACUCAAUCGAUGAAUCAAUCAUCCAAAAAUAGCUGCCGAUUAAUUUUCUUCCUGUCUGACUAAUCGUUGAAUCGACUGAUUGUUCCGGCUGCAGGAAGUGGACCACGCUGCGCCAGCCAACCUCGCGGCACAUUCCCUGCGACUGUGUGAGGUUUGAAUGUUCAACUCUCGACAAACAUUAACUCAAGAUAAUUUUUUUCCAUUCAGCUUUGAUUGUAGCUUAUUUAGUCAUAAACAUACGUAUGUGCAAUGUUCCUCACAAAUACUGCAGAUUUGAAGCCAACUUUUCUGAUUGCUGUGGGUGCAGAAACAUGUCAAACAUAUAAACAAUAAAUAAUCUUAAUCAUGCUUUAA